GCGCGAAUUACGCACAGCGAAAGAACAUUCUGUGAAAUAGGCUCCACAAGUCUGACAGCCGUCAGCGAGGAGUUUCUCCAUGCAUCCCGUAAAAUAUCCAUCCUCACAUAACGGACGCACAUAACACAAUUGGACGCAAACGAAAUCUCCAGACCAGAAACUAAACGAAAACUUAGACAAGCAACUUUGGACUUUUAGGUGUUAAAUGACAUUUAAAAAAACAACGUGUUUUCUGCCUUCGGAAUCUCGGAAAUACUUUUGCGUCUAUCUUGUGGUGGAUGGAUUUUAAUUUUGCCCAUGGGCCAGGGCGGGAAAUGAGCUACGGUGGGCUCGGGGGUUACAGAGGCGUAACAACAGGACCGAAAGGCCACACAGUGCGACGGGGCUGAGACCCUCUGAUGAGCUGAUAGCCGCCCCUCCGCACCGUCCCAGGUCCCCUCCCCUCCCAACUGUGGGAUGUCCCAGGUGUCUGCGCAAUUGGUCCUGCUUACACUGCUUACGCGCAGCAUCGUACAGGUCUCCUGCACCAACUCCCUGGAAGUGUUGAAGGAGAGAUGGGCGAUCUACAGGAACCAGUGUCUGGACCACCUGGGCACCACUCCCCCGGCCUCUGAGCUGGUCUGUAACAGGACCUUCGACCAGUAUGCCUGCUGGCCCGAUGGUGUCCCUGGAACCGCUGUCAACAUAUCCUGCCCAUGGUUCCUCCCCUGGUUCAGCCAAGUUCAGCAGGGUCUGGUGUACCGGGCUUGCGGUGCUGAUGGUCGCUGGUCACCAAAGAACACCAGCGAGUGCGAGGACGACCCAGCUCAGCAGCAGUAUGGACGCAUCUUGGGCCAGUUCCGGGUCAUGUACACCGUGGGAUACUCCCUCUCUCUGGGGGCCCUCAUACUGGCCCUGGGAAUACUCAUCACAUUCAGGAAGCUGCACUGUAUAAGGAACAACAUUCACGUGAACCUCUUCUCCUCCUUUAUCCUGAGAGCGUCGUCCAUCCUGCUCAAAGACGCUCUGCUGGACACUCUGGUCCUCGCCUCACACCCCCGGAGUGCCACCCAUCGCCAGCCAGAGGCAUGGGCCCGCGUGCCGGUGGUGGUGUGGUGCCGCAGUGCUGUGGUGAUGAUGCAGUACAGUGUGAUGGCCAACAACUACUGGCUGCUGGUGGAGGGUCUCUACCUCCACAGCCUGCUGGUCACCACCGUGUUCAGCGAGAGGAACUACUUCUACAUCUAUCUGGCUAUCGGCUGGGGUGCGCCCCUCGCAUUUGUGUUGCCGUGGGCGACGGUGAAAUAUUUGUAUGAGAAUGAGGAGUGCUGGGAGAGGAAUAUCAACAUGGGCUACUGGUGGAUAAUACGCUGCCCCAUUCUGUUUGCAUAUCUGAUCAAUUUCUUUAUUUUCAUCCGGAUUAUCCAAAUCUUGAUGUCCAAACUCAAGGCUCAUCAGAUGAGAUACACAGACUACAAGUUCAGACUGGCAAAGUCUACUCUCACCCUGAUCCCCCUGCUGGGUAUCCACGCCAUCCUCUUCACCUUCGUCAUCGACGAGUCAGUCCCCAAGGGCUCCAUGCUGCGCCUCAUACGCCUCUUCUGUGACCUCCUGUUCAACUCUUUCCAGGGGCUGCUGGUGGCCAUCUUGUACUGUUUUGUCAACAAAGAGGUGCAGUCAGAGAUGCUGAAGAAGUGGAAGAGGUGGAAGCUGGGGAAGGACAUCGACGAGGAGUACCGCCACACCCACAGCCACACCCCGCACCCCAAGAGCACCCUCCAAGACCCCCUCCAACAACAACAACAACAACAACAACAACAACAACAACAACAAGGCAACAACCUAGCCACUGCCACUGCCACUGCCACAGCCCCGCCCCUUGCCCCGCCCCCCGGCACCACAGACGGUGGCCCCUGGACGGCGUGUUACCUCAAGGCCGACGCAACGGGGCCCCCUGUGUCCGCCGCCGUCCCCCGGGAGAAGCGCCGCUUGGUGGUCGCCUACGCCGAGGGGCGGGGCAACACUGGCACCAGCAUCACCACCACCACCACCACCACCAGCUCCUCCUCUAGCACCAUCACCCACGAGCUGCUGUGUCUGGAAGAGAGGGGACAGGACCACCGGCCGGCCCCCCGCACCGGCCAGCCCGGUGGCCUGUGAUCCCGCCACCAGGGGCACUGCCCGGAGACAAACUCACAGCAUCCACCCGGUGUCUCUGGUCGUGGCGUCGAGCACAAGCGUGGGCCCCCCCCCCCCCCCCACCCCACAGAGGAGAAGGGUUUCUAAUGUGCUGCUUCCGAAUGUACGAAUCUUUGUGUUUCUAUUGUGGAAAAUGUUUGAGGAUAUGACAUUGAAAAAUGUAUAUUUAUUGGUUUCACUUCGUAGUGUGUGUUUGUGUGUGUGUUUGCGUGUGUGCAUGCUUUUGUGUGCGUCUAUGUCUAUGUGAGUGUGGAUCUAGCUAACACACAUGUGACGUAUGUGUGUUGGCUAGAUGAGAAACUAAUUUUUAUGCAGAACAUCCAUAACCUUACAUAACUGAAGCUGUUGUUGCAAGUGUAAGCAAUGCUUUUGGUUUAUGUGCUGUAGUGUAUACGAUUUUGUAUGUGUGUGUGUGCGUGUGUGUGUGUGUUUGUGGCUGAGGGGGCUGGUUGCGGUUAAACAUCUGAUUUGUAUAUGAAGGCAAAACUCCUUAUUCUUUUUUACCUCGAAACCUUUGGGGGAACAAUGCAAAUAUGACUACAGCGCUACAAUAAGUGCCUCGGUUUUGAAAUUGAAAUAUGUAUAGCGUGAAGCUCUAUUGGGUGUUCCAGGUAAUCACUGUGACACCCUGUUCCCCUCUGAGCCAUUCCCUCCUUUCACCAGCCUCUCUUAGCCUGGCCAGGACGCUUGUGGACAAGCUGAAGAUUCACAAAAUAGUUAUUGAAAAUAAUAACAAAGGUUUAACAUUACAGGCAAAGGAUAAUGGAUGUAAAAAGUUCAGUGUUUGUCAUUCAACCAGUACCAGUCACAGUAGUUGAGAAAGAAGUUAAGAAGAGAAUCACAACUGCCAAACAAUAAUAUGUAAUUGAGUCAAACAUCUUUGUUUUAACCUGAUAAUAUGUGAUAAAUGUGUAUGGAUAUUUGACGCAUGUAAGUAAUAUAGUGUUGGCAGAAAUACCGUUACUGAUUAAUUACUGAAAUGUCACGACGCAAUGCUACUUUUACAAAUUUUUCCUUCUGUCAAAUAUUAUGUGAUUAAUUAUUGUUCUCCAAAUUAUUAUUAAAUGUUAUGCUUCGUU